AUGAGCGGGGGAGGGGCAGAGAGAGAGGGAGACACAGAAUCCGAAGCAGGCUCCAGGCUCCGAGCUCCCACUUCUGCAAGCUAAAAUACAGCUGAACAGUAACAAGAAUUAGCCUAUGGAGACAAAAUAGCUUUGUGCUCUGAAAAUAUGGACUGAGUCUUUGCUUCUCUAAUGCUUGUUAUUUAGUCCUUAGUUCAGUUACUGAACAGAGAUCUCUAGUCUUUAGUGUUUGUUUAAAAGGCAAUGCUAAUACUUACAUGGGCUAUGUGUGGCAAAGUUUAAAAGAAGCAAUGGGUAUUUGUUUUUAUACUACCUGCCCUGUAAAACAAAACAACAAAAGGUUUAAAGUGCUUUGUAAAGUUAAAGGUGCAGUAAAAUAACUUCAGGCUAAAUGAGUGAACGAAAGUAAAGGAAGAUGAAGGUAGCAAAAUAGGGUAUGACCAUGAAUAAAGUCUGUACAGUCUAGCACAUUGGCUGAUACAUGGGGAUCAUGCUUCAACAGCAGUUCUCAACCAGAGGUGAUUUUUGUCCCUCAGGAGACAUUUGGAAAUGUUAGUAGACACUGGGGUCAUCAUACUGGGAGAGGGGACACAGUCCACAAGGAGAUAUUAUCCAGCUCAAAAUGUCAGUAGUGCCAUGGUUGAGAAAGCCUGCUCUACAACAUGAAGACUGACUGGCACAUCUUUUCCAGUGUCAUUGACUAUGAGUCUGGAGUUCUCUCUUGUGCAACAAGAGAGUGGACGCAGAAUUGAAUACAAGAGACGCUCAUGUCCGAGAGGAGACAGGGGCCCCAAACGGGCAUUUCGUCUCUGUAUUUAUUGAGCUCACAAGAUAUUACCCAUGUGGGUAGCAUGAAGACAACAAGAUCUUACACAUGUGUCGAGUAUGGAGAAAGCAGUCAGAUAGUAAUCAUUAACUUGUGUGAGUAAGAAGCAAAGGAUCCUGGGGGGUGGGGGGCGUGACAAGUGGAGUUUGUGAUCAAGGUACAUUGUCACCAGAUGGGAAGUAAUUUCCUGCAGGUGAUAUAACAAGUUACUUGUGAUCCUAUUACAAUAUCUCACUACCUAACCUCAGUGCUUUCGCCCCAUGGUGGCGGCUUUCCACCCUAAGCUUUUUUCUAACCCACUUAUGUAAGUAGAACCUAUUUCCCCACAUCCCAGCAAUUAAUGGUGGUAUAGACUUUGGAGAAUGGGGAGAAUUCCACAGGCUCAAGUUAUCCCAAAAGCUUCCAGAGAGUAUAUGAAACUUGAGCUAAGCUGUGAAGAAUCAAGAGGGGGAGUAAAAGACCUGCCAGGCCCAGGCAGUGGGGAAGAUUGAAGCAAGGGGAGAAGAUAAGGCACUUCCCUCAGCUUCAGGAUGACAUACAAUACCCUCCACCCUAUAGGAACCCAUGGAUAUGAUUUUAGAAAGAUUUUAGACUUAUUAAACACUUAGCCAUGUAGUAAGAACGGGGGUCAUUAGUGGACCAUAAAUUGGUGAAUCCAUAUUUUGAAAAAGGAGGGGAGCAAAUGGGAAGAUAGAAUGAUAAUUGGAAGCCCAUGUUUGAGAAAAUUCUGCCAUAGAAGGUGAACAUAUCAUCUCAACUCAUCAAACAUUUGACCAAGAAAAGAGGUAGAUUGUAGUAGUUUUGCUUAAAAAAGAGCAUUUGUUUAAAGCAUUGAUCUUUUGCCCUUGCGAGGUUGUGGAUCGUGGGCCCUUUUGAGACUGGUAAAAAUUAUGGAUUCCUUCCCCAUAGAAAAGCAUGCACUCUUCUAAAUUUUGCAUAAAAUUUCAGCAGGCUCUUGGAGAGGUACAAGCCCCAACAUAGUAAAGUACAGUUUUGUGCGUAUAGGUGCUUUUCCCCCCUGCAAGUAGUCAUUUCAUGGUGCAGAUAUAAUCAUUAGUUUUCUUUCGACUGUUGGCUGGGAGGAACCUUUGGAAAGUCUUGACAGGUGGGGUUCUGGGAUCCUGUAUCAGGUGGAUAACUCAGCUUCCAGUUGGAACCCCACUCUCACUCAGACCCUGUUUGGACACUGAGCUCCCCAUUCGUUCUUGGAGCCUAGUGGCUCUUUUGGUUCCAGCCCCUUGUUUUGGUUUCUCUGGGGUUGGGACCUAGUUGGCAUCUUUCGAGCAGGACUCUGCCAAUAAAACCCCACCUGGUAACUACAGUUCUUCCAACAGCAGAGAGACUCUUUUGAUGCCUGCUGUCUGCUUUCAGGAAUUCUUCUUGUGCAGCCCUGGAUUCCCCUUAUCUGUAGUCCUGCUGUCCACAAGAGCAGCACCAUUACUUCCUCGUCCCCUUGAGCCCAUGCUGCUGCCUGCCCACUGCAGCAGCUCCACCCAGUGGACGCCUUGUUGAUUCACAAACUGCCCCCCCCCCCCCAUACACAGAGGGCAAGGAGAGACUGAAGAAAGAGGAAGGUCACUCCAGAUUGGUAGGUGGCAGGUUUGAUAAGCAAGAGAACUUCUAAGGCUUGUUGUCUUCGGUGGCCACAAGGCAAGUAGAUCUUUACACCUGCCUGCCAGAAUCUUAAGAGGCCUUAUGUGGGUUAAGUCACAAACACCAUGUAGAUGGCCUCAACAACUCACUCAAGGCUAUGCCGUUGGAAGAGCUCCCACUGUGGGGACAGGCAGGUUGCAUUUCCCAAGGACAGGGGAGGAGGUGAAGAGAUUCUAAUUGCCUGGGUCCCACUCAAGGGUCAGCCAGAAGUCACCUCUUCUCCAUUAUCUCCUCUAACUUAACUCUAACUGCCAAAUCUACUUUAUUUUUGCACUCAGUUAGUUGUUUUUAUUGAUAAUAAUAGCCACCAUUUAUCAAAGUCUUAUUUUGUGCCAGGUGGUAUAGUAAGCCCUUUAAAAAAAAGACUUAGAGCAAUAGGGACCAUUUCCUGAAAAGUCAACACCACUGGGGAAGACAGAGGAAGGACGUCUUGAGGGAUGAAAUAUAGAGCUGUACUUUGAUAACAUAGAGACCUGGGUUCUAAUCCCAAAUAAGUGGAUGAGCUCUAUGAUUUAGGGCACAUAACUGCCCGGAUUCCGUAUCUGUAAAACAGGAUCUUUACAAGUAAUUGAACAAGACAUUAUAUGUAAAGGCAUUACUUACUUCUUCCUUGUCUUUUGUAGGUGACUAUCAUACUUGCACUAGCCCUGAGAUGUGAGAAGAAGAUGCCUUCAUCAUCUUAAACCAGGAUGAAUAAUAGAAGGGUGAUCUCAGAGACAGAGAGGUUAAUCACGAGAUGAACAGUGAAAAAGGGGAAGAAACCGAGGCACAAAGAGACUAAGUUUCUUGCCAGAAUGAAUCCAGGCAGUUUGGCUCCAGGGUCCACCUCUUAACAAGUAUCCUAUGCCUGCACUUAACAUAUAUCUACUAUGUGCUCUGAACUUUUGAUAAUGCAUCAUUGCUUUACGAGCUUUUAGGAUAGAAGAGGAGGCUAAAAGCCAAGGAUACCCUCUGCGUUUUCAGCCCAGUGAUCCCCCUUGGUAGACCACUGACAAAGAGUCAAAAUGCUCAGUGUUCUCACUGCAAGGCUGCUCACGUGUCUGGAUUACCAUUACCACGUCACUGAGGAAGACAGCAAACUGAGGCUUGCCCAAGAUCAAAGGACUUGUCCAAGAUCACUCACCUCUAAAACCAGGGCAUGCUGAACCCAACCCCCCAUGUUGGGCCUCCUACAAUUGUAUUAUCCGCUGCCUCUCUUCCAAGCUCUCUCUGCAGUGUGGGUUGGAGACGCGGCUGUGAGCUCAGAAGCCCUGUGUUCACCAGGCUUGUCACUUUCAUCUCCCGCAAUACACUGAACUUUUCUAACUCAGUUUUCCCGCACGCAGAACGUGGGAAAUAAAGCCCACACCUCACAGCUUUGCGUUCAGGAUCACAGGCGAGGAAAGCUCUUCGGAAACUGCAAAGCGCCCUACGAAUAACCUCCGCAACAGGCAUUCACACUCGAGCUCCCCCACUUCCCAGUCCCGGGAGACGCUCCCGUCUCCGCCCACCUCCUAGGCGGCGCGGCGCGGGGUAGGAAGGAGGAUUAACCCCUGGGCGCCUGUCUGGGCGUUUCUCCAGGCGGCCGGGGAGGAGUUCCGCCUCUCGCCCCCGCCCCGCCGCUGGGCUCCCUGGCGCCCGCACUCGCGCUCUCGGAGUCCCUCUCCCGCCCAGGCCCCUGCUGGCUGCGCUCCCUUGGUCCGGCACGGCACGCGGGCGGCCCGCCAGGAUGCAGGCCGCGCACAAGGAGCACCUGUACAAGCUGCUGGUAAUCGGCGACCUGGGCGUGGGCAAGACCAGCAUCAUCAAGCGCUAUGUGCACCAGAACUUCUCCUCGCACUACCGGGCCACCAUCGGCGUGGACUUCGCGCUCAAGGUGCUCCACUGGGACCCUGAGACAGUAGUGCGCCUGCAGCUCUGGGACAUCGCAGGUCAAGAAAGAUUUGGAAAUAUGACAAGGGUCUAUUACAGAGAAGCUAUGGGCGCAUUUAUUGUCUUCGAUGUCACCAGGCCAGCUACAUUUGAAGCAGUGACAAAGUGGAAAAAUGAUUUGGACUCAAAGUUAAGUCUUCCUAAUGGCAAACCAGUUUCAGUGGUUUUGUUGGCCAACAAAUGUGACCAGGGGAAGGAUGUGCUCACGAACAAUGGCCUCAAGAUGGACCAGUUCUGCAAGGAGCAUGGUUUCGUAGGAUGGUUCGAAACAUCAGCCAAGGAGAAUAUAAACAUUGAUGAAGCCUCCAGAUGCCUGGUGAAACAUAUACUUGCAAACGAGUGUGACCUGAUGGAGUCCAUUGAGCCGGACGUCGUGAAGCCCCAUCUCACAUCACCCAAGAUUGUCAGCUGCUCCAGCUGUGCCAAAUCCUAGUAGGCUUCUUUGCUGGCAUAUGAUGGAAAUAAUCCCAUUUAUCUCAUGUCUCAGUUCUUAUCAAUUUGAGUAAAUGUCAGGAUAGGGAUACACAUGCAGCAAGCCAAAGAUCUAUGCCUGUAUAUUUCCUAUAAGAGAAAAAUAGCAAAUGUUCUUUUCAUGUUUUUCCCAGCAUCAGCACAGUGUUUACGAGCUUGUUAAAUAUUUAGUCUGUUACAAAAUUCUGUCUUGUAGCCGACCACAGUUCUGGAGGGCCACAGUUCUGGAGGGCCAGCGUCUGCCCUGGUAUUUUCUUCUUGGAUUCGGCCACGGCCUCUAGUCUUAAAGAGAAAGGGGAGAAGAGCAGACUAGCUGUCAAGUUCAGCACUGGCUUUCACUUUGCCCCUGGUGCCUUUGUCCAGAUUUCAAUACACUUUCUGCUGGGCUGACAGGCCUAUUAAGUAGAAAUGUUUUUUUUCUCCAGAGAUGACCUCCAUUUCCAACAGCCCUAAGAGUUGUCUCUGAUUUAGCCCUUCAGAGUCGAGUACACAGGCUUCCUGUGCUUUUCUUGCUUUUAUUGUCCCUUGCCAUGCCCUGAAUGUUGGUUUAAGUGAAAACUGUAUGAAAAGACUUGCCUCCAUAUGUGCCUUUCUGUUCACUUUCUCUGACUUAAGCCGUGGGGCUCUUCUGUUCAUGUAAUAUAUAUUAUAUAUAUUUUCACAAGUGGAAAAUAAAACAUUACAAGAUGCUGUUUCCCUAUUUCUGAAAAUG